AUGACUUCAACCGAUGAUUCAACGCAAAUUCAAGCAGUUACCACUAAUGGAUCUUCUUCAGACGAAAACAACAGGAGCAUAUCUGAUUCCUCUCAUACAACUACAUAUGAGAAACUUAUCCAAGACUCUGAUAUUUUCUAUGAUAAGCUCCGUGAUUUUCUCGGGUAUACUGACAAACAUUUGAAGGAUCUUCUUGUGGGAGGAAACAGUCUCAAUCUGCAUCAGCUUUUCAAAGAGGUCACAGCUCGAGGUGGUAUUGAAAAGGUGAUCAAGGAGCGUAAAUGCAAAGCAGUGAUUGCAACAUUUGCUUUGGAGACACCAAUAACAAAUGCUUCAUUUGUUUUGAAGAAGUACUACGUGCCGAUGCUCUUAAAGUUGGAGCAUGUGUUUUACUCCAAUGAACCACUUUCUUCAUUCUCGGCGAGAGGUCAGAAUAAUACCAAUCAUAUGGGUUCAAAACAGCUCAAAGGAGUGCUUUACCGUCUUAAAUCUCGAAGACGCAAGAAGAAAUCAAAAUCAUCAGAUCCUAAUAAACCUAAGUUUUACAGAAGCGGUUAUAGCUUCUUCUAUAUGGAGAACCGCAAGAGGCUUAAGCCUCAUUUCCCAGGACAACUUAUCAAUCAAGAAAUUCCGAAAAUGUGGCACAAUCUCUCUCCAUCUGAUAAAGUGGUUUAUCAAGAAAAGAGUUGUAAGGAUAAGGAGAGGUAUGAAAAAGAGAUCUUGGAUUCUCGCGCUACAACUGAUGCAGCGAUGAACGAUGCGGCGGCUGCGGCUGAGGCAGAAACUGCAGCUGUGGCCGAUGCAGUGAUGAAUGAUGCAACGGAUUCUGAUGCAACGGAGUCUGAUGCUGCGACCGAUGCAGCGAUGAAUGAUCCAGAGGAGACUGAUGCAGCGACUGAGGCUGAGGAGGCUCAGUAG